ACGGCUAUAGUUAUAUUUGUUGCUCUGAAAACUCAAUGUUUUUCGUCGACAGUAAACCUUAAAUUUCUCGGAAUUUUAGUGUAUGUGUAUAGAAAUUAUAACAAUUGUUAUGUACAUACAUACAGAUCAAAUGGGAGAACGAAAGUGGGAGGAUCUAGAAAUGGACUGUUUAGUGAAUGUGCUUGGAAGAGUUGGCAUAGAGUCACUGUUAUUAGAUGUUCCUUUUGUAUGCAAAUCAUGGCACAAAGCAAGCCUUAAUCCUUUGUGUUGGAAAUUUCUUUCUUUUCCUUUUGCAUUUGAUUCAUGGUCAAACAAAAACAUCAUUAGGAGAUAUAGAGAUCAAUAUGAAAUCGAAGAAUUAUCUGGCACUGCAUUCAUAAAGUUCAUAGUUGAUCGAAGCUGCAGAAAUGCCACCAAGCUUGUGUUCCCCACUUAUUGUACUGAAGAGGCAUUAAAGCAUGCUGCAGAUGAGUGUCCAGGCUUGGAAAUUUUGGGUUUGCCCUGUGGUGUUUUCAGGCAGCAAUUAUCCAUCAUUCCAGAAUCGAUAACAAAGUGGAAAAAUUUGAAAGGCUUAAUCCUUGGAUCUUCAAGUGUUUUUAUAGACUUGGAUGAGUGUCGGUCUUUUGAAGCAAUCAUUGGAAACGAGGAUGCAUCAGCCAUUGUCACUUUACUUCCGAAGAUUAAGUACUUGCAUCUGACAGAAGUAUCCAUUGACAAUGAAAAUCUAGUUACAAUAUUACAAGGUUGCAAAGAACUUGUAUAUUUAAACGUUAGUUAUUGUGAAGGUCUCGAGGUUGAUGACAAGAUAUUGGAGCUUUCUUCUCAUAUUACAACAUUCAAGUAUAAACAUUCAGCAGUGGAGGCGCCAUUGUAUAUGGAUGACACUACGUUGCCCUUGGAUAUAAAUGCCUUAGAAUCAGGGCCUAAUAUUAUUGAUUUUGACAGUUUUGUUUAUUAUGAUGAAAAGUAAGAGUUGAAGAACGCAGUUAUUCAUAUUUCUAGCUAUAUGUAGUGUUUGUGCUUCUCAACAUACUGAGUCAAGUGUAGUUAUUUAUAAUUGUGUUCUUGCCAGUGGAAAAGUUGGCUACACCGACGUUGAGCCCGGUUAGGACACCAAAACUAUACACACGUCGGCAUAUUUAUUGCCAUACUCAACGCCGCCUGUGUUGGAGUAUGAAUAUUUCUCCGAAGCAGGCAGAUUGUG